AUGACCGACUGCGAAGUGUGUGGACGUGGAUUCUGCAAUUCCGACCGUCUCAAGCAGCACGUCACCGAUUCUAUCCCUCACUCUCCGGAUCACUUGGCACUAUGCUGCCUUCGCUGCACCAGCAAAACCUUCACGACAAAACUCGCAAGACAGCAGCAUCUCCUCAGCUCGCCCAAGCAUCGCGUCUGCAAGCUCUGUCCCGAACACUGGGACUUUGAAACCAAAAAGCAAUUGAAACACCACUUCAAGAUUGAACAUCCCGGCCAAUCGGUAGGCAACGCGCAACUGGAAGCCAAUGGCCUCAUCGAGGUGACGGACUUCCGAACACCCCGGGACGCCACGAACGAGGCAACCAGGGGCACGCCUCCUGAGCCGCAUGUCCAGGGGCACCUCGAGAGUGAAAGUGCAGCUAUGACCCCGCUGGACCGGUUCUUCUUGUCCUACGCGGCCUUCCGCUAUGACGCGACUCUGCCGCCUACCGCGUCCUUUGAAGCCCUCAUCCGACACUGUCGCUGGAAGAGGGGGACUGACGAGCUCAGAGAUGCGCGGGCCGAGUACCAGCGAGCCCUUCGUCAGGAAGUGGACGUCUGGUUCGGUCGGGAAGAUGACAUUGGUGCCUGGCACACGCUGUGCCGGGCCGUGGGAAUCCGCAGACCUCCUCCGACCAUUGAAGAGUGCACGCAGGUUCUCCGGAAUACCCAUGUCAACAUUGUCGACCUCAUCGAGUGGGGUCGCAACCGCGCCGUGGGCUCGGUCCAGGUCUUCCAGACACGGGAUGAUCUGGUCGAGUAUUCGCGGCAGCACGCCAAGAUCUUCCCCGUCAAAGAGGUUCAGGCCAACGGCGAGACCAAUGUUGUCCUCCGACAUCUGCUUCGACGGUUCAGGACGCGGCAUUCUGGGGUUGCAAAGGCCCAAUUGUGA